GCUCGCCUCGUUCUGCAGGCCGCGGACGCCCGGGCGCAUCGCGCUGUUCACCCCACGGUUAUGACAAUGCUGAUGAAAACAAUGCCAACAACGACGGCACUGCUGAUGUUGUCGCUGCAGAUCCUGAUGGUCGGAUUUGCUUUGGUUGCCGGGACGAGCGCCACGCCGAUCCAGCACCUCGAGCACCGGUUCUGCAGCCACCAACACCCCAAGGCCCAUGAGGUCGUACACGGUGUUCACAUCGAGCCAGCCCACGUGGUGAAGAAACGCAGCAUCAACCAGCCGCUCCGGAUACUCCUCUACUACGAUCACAGCGUCUACAGGUUGGAUGACAAGAAAUUGGAGCUCAUCAACAACACCAUCCUCCCGGAAGCCGUUCACUUUUGGGAGAGGGCCCUCAUGGUCCGCGAAACGAAGAAGACCAUACGCCUCAAUAGAAAGUGCCACAGCUCCCAAGUGUUCGUCAAAGACAACCUGACCCACUGCAUCAACAGCUGCAAGGAGGAAACGAUGUGCGGGGAGGUCGUAGUGCCCGAGGAGCACCUCGACGCGUGUCGAGUGUGCAACGAGGCUGGGCAGAACUGCCGCGUGGAGCCGGGCAGCGUGCCGGGCGAGGGGAUCAACGGAGCUGACUUUGUCUUUUACGUCUCGGCCAUGUCGACCGAGCGCUGCAAGAAGGGCCUCACCGUGGCUUACGCCGCCCACUGCCAGCAGGAGGCCGCCCUCGACCGGCCCAUAGCCGGUCACGCGAACCUCUGCCCCGAGAGCAUAAGCACGAAGCCCCAAGAGCUGGAAACACUGCUGAGCACGGUCAAGCACGAGAUCCUGCACGCCCUCGGCUUCUCCGUGAGCCUCUACGCCUUCUACAGGGACGACCAGGGCGAGCCCAGGACCAAGAGGACGGAGACCGGCAAGCCGGUCCUCAACAAGGCUUUGCAGACGCACCAGUGGAGCGACAACACGAUACGGACGGUGAUCAGGCACAGCUGGCAGGUGCACGGGGGCAGCAUGAGACGCUCGAUGCAAAUGAUCGUGACGCCGAGGGUGAAGGCCGAGGUCAGGGCGCACUUCAACUGCCCCGACCUGGAGGGUGCCGAGCUCGAGGACCAGGGCGAGAACGGCACGGCUCUCACCCACUGGGAGAAGCGUGUCUUCGAGAACGAGGCGAUGACGGGCACGCACACCCAGAAUCCCGUGUACUCGAGGAUUACGCUGGCUCUGAUGGAGGACACGGGCUGGUACAGCGCCAACUACUCAAUGGCCCAGGAGCUCGGCUGGGGCCGAAACCUCGGCUGCGACUUUUCCAUGAAAUCCUGCAAGGAGUGGAUCGUCCAGAAAUCCUCGAAAUUCUUGGAAAACAAUGAUCCUGGCAAAUCGAUCCAUCCCUUCUGCAACAAAGUGAAACGGGAUCCCCUGCAGACGGAGUGCACGGACGAUCGAAGCUCGGUCGCCCUGUGCAACCUAAUCGAGUACCCGGAGCCCCUGCCUAAGCAGUAUCAAAACUUUGACAGCAUUCCCAACGUUCCGCGCGGCCGAGAGGAGUACUACGGGGGCUCGGUGUCGCUCGCCGACUACUGCCCCUACAACCAAGAGUUCACCUGGCGGGCCAACAACACGAUAGUGCGUGGCUCGCACUGCCUCUACGAGGACAACAAUCCACAUCCACAAAAGAACUUUGCGCUGGAGAGGUACGGGGAGCAGUCGCACUGCUUCGACCACACCAAUCAAAUGUGGGAGGAGAGGACGUGCAAGCAGGUCCGGCAGUGGCAGCACUGGGGCUCGGGCUGCUACCAGUACAAGUGCGAGGCGGGCCGGCUGCACAUUAUGGUCACGAAUUACACGUACACGUGUUACCACGCCGGCCAAGAGAUCGCCAUCAGGAUAAUGCAGAACGAGUGGCUGCACAAGGGCGCCCUGAUCUGUCCACCGUGCAGGGAUCUCUGCCAGGAUGAAUUUGCCCGACGCAACGAGCUGUGCAAACCGGGGGACGAGCACCCGCCGGCCACGUUUUACCACCGAGACGUGCUCGAUUGCGACUCCGCGGCGAACUGCGGCCUGAGCCUGUCGACCCUGAGCCUCGGUGUCCUCCUCCUCUUCGUCUACAGAUGAUCUUAGAGCUGCAGCUACUUUCCGUCGUUACCUACCACCGAAAUCAAGGAGUGAUUAAAAACCUCGAGGUCUCGUCACACGUGAGCUAUACAUGUCUUUUUUUCUUUUUUUUUCACUUUCCAUCGCUCGGUGCGCCAACGAUGGAGGACCUCCGUGAUUUCGACUAGACAAUUGUGAUUUUUGAGGAGGUGCGAAAGUAUACUGUACUUUGCUGAGCUUCAGCUCGGACUUGGAUUUAUUUGUGUCAUACAGUUCCCGUCCUAUAAUACCUUCAGAUUCCUACGGGAUGAAGUCGAAGUAGAAGUUUUAACAAUAAAAAAAAAAAAAAAAAAAUCUUUGUACAGUAGUCAUACUCGUUAAAAUUUACAUGUAAAAUAAAUUUCGUUACUUUUGCACCUUCUCAAGCAGUUUAUAAUAUUCCUCGUAACUUAGCAUUUAGGGUCGAAUCAAUUGUUUGCCCGAUGAGUGGCGAAUUAAUCAAUUUUUUUACCCUUGUUAUCGAUUUUCCAAUUGUUAAGACUAGGUGUAUCAUAUUUUUAAAGUAUGCUUGUUGCCAUUCAAUUCCGAUGUAAGUUUGUUGAGUCAUAAGUAAUUUAGAUUAUUUUAAUUUCGAUAAGAUUAGUCACUGAAAGUGUUGGAGGAUCAUUACAUUUUCUUGCAUUCCAUGAUAAAUUUUUAAACAUGUAAAUAAUAACUGUACAAGUCAGUUUUAGAUUUUUUUUAAACUGUUGAAGCAUUCCAGUAUGUAAAUAUGCUCAAAUUUCUGAACCAAUAGACGUUUCAUUCUAUUAUUGGGAUAGAAUAAAUUUAUGGCCACAGGAGAACAAAUAAUUGACAUGUGUAAAAUAAAGUAAUUUAAAGUUGUAAGAAGCAAGUGGACAAGGUGUUUAUGGUGAAUUGUAAAUAAAUAAAUAAAUAAAUAAAAAUAGUUCAUAUUUAAGCAGAAAAACUGUAAACAUCGUGUUACGAGAAAAAUUACCAAACUCACGAACAAAAAGUUUUAUUCUUACAUCCAUACAUAUUUUAGAAUACGUUUAAUUUGUUUCACGUAGUUUAAGAUGUAUCACGAAAGAGAAGUCAAGAACUUGACAUCACAAAAAAUAAUUAUACAUAUUCAAUCAAAUUGAUUUUCACGCAAUGUGAAUACGUUUUUAAAUUAAGAAUUUUCAUGUCGUUGUUUAACAUCUGUACUUUGAAAGUAACAAUUCCUUUCUUACAUGAUGUGAUAAUUUAUAUUUGAUUCGAACAAUAAGAAAUGUUGACCUAUAGAAUUUGAGUGAAAUCUGUUUUGUAGAGAGAAAAAAAAAAUGUAUAAACGACCAAACGAAUUGUCAAAUGUACUCAAUUUUUUAAAUAUUCAUUGAAAUCAAUCGUUGAUUUGGCCGUUGUUUGAAUAACGUUAGUUGAUCCCUUGUUUUUGAGGCAUUAUUGAAUGUUACAUCUAUCGAAUGUUAUUUUAACGCAGUUACGGUCAAAAAUGCAAUUACGAGCCAAUUAAGUAUUUAUUUACACGAAUAAUAAAAAAAUAUGUAAAUUUUAUCAUUGACUGAGCGGAAUUACA